GUUUUCUCUCCUCGUCCAGUGCCAUGGAUAUUCAUCUGCUUCAACUUGUCGUGCUGAUUAUGCAAGCAGAGCGUGAAAGGCGAUAUUAUUUCUAUUGCUGGCCCGGCUGCGGUCCAACAUCGUGUGUCCUUUUUGCGUAUAAUACAGGCUGGUUAUCAGCAAUGACUUACCCACUGCCAAGCAGUGCGACGUGCUUUUUGUCUGGUCGUCGGCGAUGUUGUGUCCGGCAUACGGUGACGAUCCGCUCCCUGAACAGAGGCAUGAGGAAUCAUUCAAGAAAUGUGAUUGUUGUGAUUUUGUCUGAUUGGUGCAGGACCGCAGUGUCACUACACUGCAUGGCCUCGACUACCGGUGAGUACAUGCGCGUCUGUCAUCGCUUCGUGUGGAUAGGCAACUGUUACAGGACCUGGACUCGUUCGUCACGAAGGUCCCUACUUGGUUGUCAGCUUAUAUUUGGAGUAGAAGUGUACCCGAGAUGCCCGCCAACCGCAAAAUGUCCUAACAGCGCGGUAGUCCGCUAGUGUGUUCUUCUUCGAGUCCGCAAAUGCCGUACGUCGGUCCACUGAUCCACAACGAACCGCCUUGCUGCGUCCACAAUGCACAUACCAGGGGUACUAGCUGUAGUCCUCAAAUGUACGAUAUCCCCAUUG